CCUAGUGGUUCCCUUUCGAUAAAGCCCUGCGACGGCACGACCCUCCGAGGGCGUCGACCGCUACUCCUCUCUCUCCGAUGGCGUCCCUCGCCGCCUUCCACCCUAACCUCCCCCACGCCCACGGCCACCCCUCCCAUCCCAACCCCACCAGCGGCCUCCUCCGUCUCCUGCCUUCAUGCCGCCGCCAUCGUGCCCCUCGCCGGCGGGGCCUAGGCCUCGCCGUCUCCGCCUGCGCCUCCUCCGCCGCGUCACCGUCUGCCGCCGGGCGAGGCGAUCGCUCCGAAGCAGCCUCUUCGCUCGAGCGUUGCCUCGCGGCGUCCGCCCUCAGCGCCGCGGCACCCGCGGCUGCGCCUCCCCGCGUACCGCCGGCGAUGAAGGGCGGGAAGCAGUACGGCGCGUUCGGCGCCGUCACGCUCGAGAAGGCCAAGCUUGACCUAUCCCAACGCAAGAAGAAAAUCAUGCCCGAGCUGGCGACAGGUGGUGGUGGUGGAGAUAUUGGGAAGAGAAUUGGCCAUGGUGGUGGUGAUGGCGGGGAUGAUGACGGAGAUGAUGACGAUUACUUUGAUGAUUCUGAUGAUGGAGAGGAAGAAGAUGGUGGACUUUUCAGGAGACGAAUUGUUAUACAGGAGCUUUUUAAUAGAGAGUUUAUAGAUGCUGUAAUGCAAGAGUGGUGCAAAACAAUGAUUAGUUUACCUGCUGGUCUCCGUCAGGCUUAUGAGAUGGGUUUGGUAAGUUCUGCUCAGAUGGUGCGAUUCUUGUCAGUGUUUUCAAGACCUACACACACUAGGUCUUUUUCACGAGCUCUACCUGGAUGGCUAUCCCGAGGUCUUGUUGGAAGAACACUUGCAGAUCCUUCAUUCCCACAUAAGAUGGCUUUCGAGUUCUUGGCUACUUUUGCCUCAUCUGUUUGGUGGGAGAUGAAUAUUCGUAAGGAGAGGUUUGAGCAAGAAUGGGAUUUGGCCGUUGUCAAUGCUUUGACUGCAUCGUGUUGCAACCUUGUGGUUCUGGGGCUUCUGGCACCAUGCCGUUCAUAUGGGAGUACAUCCCGAUUUGACUUCCAAAAUGCCAUUGAGAAACUUCCUAACAACAUAUUUGAGAAGAGUUAUCCUUUGAGAGAGUUUGAUCUGCAGAAACGAAUUAGUGCAUUCCUUUACAAGGCUGCUGAGCUUAGCCUGGUCGGGGUAGUUGCUGGAUCUAUUCAGGGUGGUAUGUCGAAAGCCCUAUCCGCAAGGAAGGAUGGCAGGUUAUCGGUGACCCUUCCUAAUGUCAGCGCCAAUGCCCUUGGUUAUGGAGCUUUUCUAGGAUUAUAUGCAAACUUGCGAUAUCAAUUAUUGUGUGGACUAGAUCAAUAUAUGAUCAAGCGCUUUGAUGUUCUUGGCAUGGCAAUCUUCAUUGGUACAACACUAAGAUUCAUGAAUAUUCAGAUAGGUGAAUCGUCAAGGCGCGCAUGGCUUGGAGAGGAAGCUGAUCCACAGUACUCUGAUCGAUUACUUAGGGCAUACACCAGACCAGUGGAGGUUACUACUGCUGCGGAUCAACAAGAAGAGUCAAGGUGGUUUAUAUCCAAGGAUGCAGUUGUGUCAGGCCUUGGCCUUCUUGGCAUCAAGCAGGGUGGGCCUGAGGCGCAGCUGUCCAAGCCCCGGCGAAAGAGAGUAAUCCGCAAGAAAGUUGCAUCAGGUUGAAAUUAGUGGAUUUGCUUGCGGUGCUGGAACAAUUUUGCUUCAGUUCCACUCCUACCGUACUGAGAGUCAUACCAGGUGUGAGCAGUGAGGAAAGCCAUCAUUGGGAAUCAGAGGCCAGUUUACCGGCCAAGGCAUCGAAGUGGGGUGGUUGAGAGCUUCGGGCUGUUUGCCAUUUUGUAUGUUUUGUUGAUUUCUGAUAAUAAUUGACAUCUCAAUUUCUCGCAUUUUUCUGAGCCAAAUUAGGCACACUUAGGUAGGCUUGAGAAUUGACAUUACUGUCGGUAAUAUGAGAAAUGAUAUUUGCAUA